UUUAAACUCAAAGCAUGUUGAAUAAAGUCAGUUUGGACUUACUUUGUGCAACACUUGGAAGACAAUACUACAAGUUUUUUUCUAUUUCAAUUUAAAUCUUAAAACGGACUAACUGGUUGUUCUGCUUCCAAGUGUAAUAGACAUAACAAUACGUGGUUUGUAAGGCUAAAUAAUGGAACAGCGGAAAGCAGAAGAUCAGCAAGGGUUAUAUGCACAAGCAAAUGAAAAGCCCGAAUUAACGACUGCAGAUAUAGAAGAAAUGAAGACAUGGUUUAAGUUUUUCGAUAAGAACAAUGAUAAACAAUUAGAUAAGGAAGAAUUAAAGAUGGUAUUCCAUGCGUUGUGUUGGACAGUCAACGAGGAGGAGGUAGACAGAUUAUUCAAACUUGCGGACACUGAUCAGAACGGAUACAUUGAUUAUGAGGAGUAUAUAGCGUUCUUAAAACUUUACAAAAAGGACCCAGAACUGGAGAAACUGGAGCUUCGAGAGGCAUUCAGGCAUUUCGACAAAGACAGAAGCGGUUUCAUUGACCACAAAGAACUAAGGCGAUUUCUAAUGUCAAAGGGUCACGCUUACAGCGACAGGGAAAGAAAAGAAGUUGACAGAAUUUUAAAAAUGGCCGACUCAAAUGGCGACGGGAAAAUAGACAUUGAAGAAUUUAUUACGGUGAUGCUGGAAAAGCCGGACGCAUCAUUGUAUUCAGGAGCAAAAUUUUAGAGACUUGUUGCUGAUGAACCAUACUGACAUUUAUAGUAAAUAAACACGUCAUUGCUUACACCAGAAUAGUAUCUGUCUUUUAUCACGUGACUUUUAUCACGUGACCAGUUAUAUUUUCAAAUAAUAUACAUAAUUGUGAUUGUGACAGAGGCAAAACUUUAAAGAGACUCUUACAAGUUUGAUUUUAAUGGCUUCUGAAGUCAGUAAAGUUCUUGCCCGCAUUUAACUUUAAACACAUUUUGCAUGUGUGUAUACUUCGUUAAAGUUUGUGUACACUAAGCUUCACAAAGCAGGGUUUUGCCUCCAUUUUGUUUUAAAGGCGCAUGCCAGGGUUACGCAUAACUUACUUUAACUAUUUCUAUUAUCGUAUGCUAAGAUCAUACAAAGUUUAAAUAAAUUCUCUUAUGUAAAUUUCAGUCAGAUGUAACUUGAGCAUACGCCUGUAAACGUAGUACAUA